UUAAGUUACCUUCGUGUAGGGAUGUAUUGAAUCUCUUUAUGUACAAACAUCAAUCCUUAAAAUUAAGUAUACGAGCAAGUGCUAGUAGUGUGAUCAGUGAUACGAAUGCUAUUUGGGCUAAUCUUUUGAUUCCAACUUCUCGACCUCAGCACAGUAUUAAAAAAUUGGAAAAAAUUCACAGUGACUACAUGAAACUGAAGAAUCAUCGAAGUCGUGCAAAGACAUCGAAAAGACAACGAACAAAUGUGGAACAGUUUAGCAAACGUCUUGAUAAAUUAUUUGACAUUGCAAAUUGUGCUGCACUAAAAAAUUUACCGAAAAAUUUGCAGCAAUUUUUGACAGAUUGUCGUAAAGGAAAUAGAAAUAUCCAUCUACCAGCAAUUGACGUUAUACCAGAAGAAACUUCUGGAAAUCUGUCUGCGAUGGAAGUAGAAACUCCCAAUAAUGAGGAAAUUGGAAUGAAAUUAUCCCAACAGUCGUCCUUAAAUAGUUUCUGUAGUUCCAUAUCAAAUUCCAGUGAAUUGAAGCGAACUUGUUCAGACUUUGAAGAUACAAUGCCAGCGCCUAAGAAAAAUAAAAUUGAUAUUCUGACUUCGGAAUUAGUAUUAGCACUAGAUAGAACUAAAACUAGUAACCGAAAUGCGAUGUACAUCAUUUCUGCUGUUAUUCAAAGUUUAGGACUUGAGAUUGAUAAAUAUAAUUUAAGUUACUCCACUAUUCGCAAUGCGCGUAUUUCAAAAAGAGAAGAAAUUGUCGAUACGAUCAAAGAAGAAGAAAUUUUUGAUGACUCUCUCGUAGUGCACUGGGAUGGAAAGAUGCUUCCUGCGGGAAAUGAUCAACCAAAAGCAGAACGAUUAUCAAUACACGUCACCGGAAUAAAUACUGAUAAAAAUUUAAAACCUCCGAUUCUCUCUGAUGGCACAGGUGAAAGCCAAGCUUCAGCCAUUUUUGAAACGCUGAUAGAGUGGGAUCUUUGCGAUAAUGUUAAAGCAAUGUGCUUUGAUACAACUAGUUCAAAUACCGGUUGUUUUAAUGGCGCAUGUGCAUUAUUAAAAGAUAAAAUUGGCCGUGACUUAUUAUAUCUUGCUUGUCGCCAUCAUACUUCUGAAUUGAUGUUACGAAAUGUUGCAGAAGUUGCUUGGCCAGUGACGAAUAGUCCAAAUGUACCAAUUUUCAAAAGACUCAGAGAUAAUUGGGAAAAAAUUGAUAAAUCUGCGUAUGAAAUCGGCACAGAGGAUAAAGAUAUUGCACUUAUUUUAAAUCAAAGAAAAGACGAUAUUCUUGACUUCAUAGAAAAUCAACUGAAGAAUCAUCAUCCGAGAAAUGAUUACAAGGAGUUUUUGGAGCUGAGCUGUAUCUUUUUGGGUGGUAUCAAAAGUCAUAGAGCCGAAUUUAAAGCACCUGGUGCUUUUCAUCACGCACGGUGGUUAUCGAAAGCUCUCUAUUGCUUGAAAAUAUAUAUGUUUAGAAACCAGUUUAAAAUGGGAGCAAACAAAAAAAAUUUCGCAGAAAAUAUGUGUUUUCAUCUAAAAGAUCUUAUUGACUACAGAAAAAUACAUCCAGAAAUUGCAAAUGCAGCACUCGAUAAAUUGUCUCGGCAUUUGUGGUACUUACACGAAAAUCUUGCUUGUUUAGCUCUUUUUGAUGAAACUGUGUCAGUAGAAGAAAAAGUAAAGAUCGUACAAAAAAUAAAUUCCCAGGUAGCGGUCAAAAAGCCUAAUAAACAUCUGAGAAAAACAUAA